AUGCCUUCCGUAUCCGAAGAAGAAAUUUUAGCAUCAUAUCCACAAAUCAGCCAGCCUACCCAAUUGACUGGUUUCACCUCCAAUUUGACUGAGGAACAGAAAAACCUCACCAUUGAGUUGCGUAAAGAGUUGGUGGCUUUGGGUUACAAGGACAGAUUGGAUGAUGCAAACCUCUUGAGAUUCUUGAGAGCUAGAAAGUUCAACUUGAACUUGGCCAAGCAAAUGUUUGUUGAUUGUGAAAACUGGAGAGAAAAGUUUGGUACAAACACCAUCUUGAAAGAUUUCCACUAUGAUGAGAAGCCAAUUGUUGCAAAAAUGUACCCAACCUACUACCACAAGACUGAUAAAGAUGGACGUCCAGUAUAUUAUGAGGAAUUGGGUAAAGUUGACUUGAACAAGAUGUUGAAGAUCACAACUCAAGAGAGAAUGCUCAAGAACUUGGUGUGGGAAUACGAGAACAUGGUUCUUUACCGUUUGCCUGCAUGUUCAAGACAAGCUGGCUACUUGGUUGAAACAUCGUGUACUGUUUUGGACUUGUAUGGAAUCUCCAUCUCUUCCGCGUACAAUGUCAUCGGGUACGUGAGAGAAGCCUCCAAAAUUGGUCAAGAUUAUUACCCAGAGAGGAUGGGUAAAUUCUACUUGAUCAAUGCUCCAUUUGGAUUCGCAACCGCUUUUAAACUAUUCAAACCGUUUUUGGACCCAGUUACCGUUUCAAAAAUCCACAUUUUGGGUUACUCAUAUCAAAAGGAAUUGUUGAAGCAAAUCCCACCUCAGAAUUUACCUAAAAAGUUUGGGGGUGCUGAUGAUAUCAGCGAUGACGAUUUACUUUUGAAAGAUAUUGGCCCUUGGAGAGAUCCAGAGUUUAUUGGUCCUGAAGGUGAAGCUCCCAGAGCCUACAAUGUAUAA